CUCUGCUAUAAAUACUCGCUCUCUCAGGCUCAGGCUCUUUCACCCAUUUCAUAAACCCUAGAUCAGCCGUUCGCCGCUCUCCCCAGCUCAUCUCCAUCUCCCAAGUAAAAAUGAAGGUUGUCGCUGCUUAUUUGCUCGCUGUUUUGGGCGGAAACAGUAGCCCAUCUGCUGAGGAUAUCAAGGGCAUCUUGGGAUCAGUUGGAGCUGAAGCUGAGGACGAAAGAAUUGAACUCCUCUUGUGUGAAGUCAAAGGCAAGGACAUCACCGAGCUCAUUGCAUCUGGGAGGGAGAAGUUCGCCUCAGUUCCAGCCGGCGGUGGUGCUGCUGUUGCUGUUUCCGCUCCUGCUGGUGGUGGUGCUGCCCCAGCUGCUGCAGCUGAGUCAAAGAAGGAAGAGAAAGUUGAGGAGAAGGAAGAAUCUGACGACGAUAUGGGAUUCAGCCUGUUCGACUGAGGGGUCUUUGUUGAGCUGUCACUUUGUGGUAGUGUUUUUGGUGAAGCCGUUGAGAAUGAGACAGUUAUUUAUGUUGAAUGGCCUGUUAGGGUUUGCAGCCUGGAACUUUUUUGUUUUCCUCCCCAUAAAUUAGUCAUUUUCUGUUUUGUGUUAGAGGAUUAAUUAGUAAUGAGUAAGCUGUAGCAUGUGUUGUCUUUGCACCAUAAUUCUGUAUUCUAGUUGUUAACUUUGCUGAGUAUUUUGGUUGAUGGCGCUAGUGGUUGUCGCCCUUGUUUUAA